GCAUUGGAAGCGUCGGUUGCCGUUCAAUAACCAGAUUAUACAUAAAACGGGAAAUACCUAUAUACUAUAUAGGCAUAUAUAUAUAAACAGCACACAGAUAAGCAUAAAUGUUGAAAAUAAUGUGCUGGGCUCUGGCCUUCGCCAGUGUAGUGUUGCUCACUUGUGCGCAGUCGGAUUUGUUUCGCGAUGACCUGCGCAACCAAGCGGGUCAAGAGGAGUGGAUAAAACUGCAGCAGCAGGUGCAGCAGGAAAGACAGGCAGCUAAUCCGCAAGUGGCUUACAAAAUUGAUGCUGCAGAGCUGCAGCCAGCGGCAGCGCCAACACAGCAGCUGCCAGUUAACUUGGCUAUAUCGGAUGACAUAGCUGAGCAUGUGUUGAGCUUUGCGCAGUCGCUUACGAAGCAGCUGAAUCAGGAGUAUGCCAAGACAACUAUAUUCUCACCGCUUAGCAUAGCCAAUGCCAUGGCCUUGCUGCAGCUGGGCGCCAAGGGCCGCAGCUACGCGGAGCUGUCACAAGUCUUUGGCCAAGCUGACAAUGUUCAGUUCCACGAGCAGUUCGCCCUGAUGCAACACGAUGUGCAGCAGCGUUUCAAUGACACCACCUCUCCCCAGCGUCAGCUGGAUCAAUGGCAUUGGCAGAGUCUACGCAAAGCUCUGCGUGCGUAUCCACGCAAUCUACAUGCGCCUGUGAAUAUUGACGUAGCCAAUGGCAUGUUUGUCCAGCAGGGAUUCUAUCUUAAUGACGACUAUGUGCGCGCCGCUCAGCAACUCUAUAAAGCAAAGCUGGAGCUGCUCGAUUUCAAUCGCCAGCCCGCUGUAGCCAAGCGCACUAUUAACGCUUGGGUAUCGGAGCAUACCAAGGGCAAAAUACGUGAGAUCAUCUCUGAUGUGCCAGAGGAUACGCGCGUGAUUCUAGCCAAUGCUUUAUACUUCAAAGCGGUGUGGGAAAUUGACUUUAUUAAAGGCGCCACCAAGCCGGAAAUGUUCUAUCCCAAUGGUCUGGACACGCAGCCCGAGGUGCCUGUUGAUAUGAUGGUGGGCGUGGGCGUUUUUCCCUACUACGAGGAUGAGCAGCUUAACUGUCGCAUACUGGGCCUGCCAUAUCAUGGACAUUUGGCCACCAUGUAUGUUAUACAGCCGCUGCUGGAAAGCUCCAUUGAACGUCUGGCCAACUUGCAGCAAACGCUUAGUGCUGCCAAUAUACAACAAAUGAUCAGCAAGAUGACGCGUCGCUCCAUCAUUGUUGCCUUUCCCAAGCUGGAUCUUACCGAAUCCUUUUCGCUGCGCAAUCAUCUGACAGAAAUGGGCAUUGGUGGCAUGUUCACGCCCAUACAGAGUGAUCUGUCGCUUAUUGGCGGCCGUCAUGCGCCCAAUGCCUCCACUGGCGGCAAUAGCUUGUUCAAUCUCGAGCAGCAACGUCAGGCAGCCAAAGCCUCGCAAGCGCCCACGCCGCCCUCCGAUCUAAUUGUCUCAGAUAUUCUGCACAAAGUCAACUUUGUGGUCAAUGAGCAGGGGACAGAGGCUGCUGCUGCCACAGCAGCUGUCUUGAAGAAAUCCGGACCCGAGCUCACUUUCCGCGCCGAGACGCCAUUCAUGCUUCUGGUGCGUCACGAUGUUACCAAGCUGCCUUUGUUCUAUGGCAUCAUCAACGAGCCGCCACGCAGCAGGCAGCAGCACUAAGAUCAGACUUUGUAGUUAGACAACCAAAUAUCACUAGAAAUAUAAGCUAAAGUGUUUUCAUAAACUUGUUAAGAACAAAAUAAAAUUAUAAUCUAAACGACAA